AUGAACGAAGCUGCGCGCUCCAAUCCAGACGUGCAGUCCUCACCCGCCCUCCUGCUCGUGACCGACCUGAUAUUCCACGUGCACGGCCACUGCAGCGACGCGCGCCAACUCUUCAGGUCGCGGGAGGUGUGCCAAGAGUGGCGGCGAAGCAUUGAUGCGCCUGAGCAGAGCGAGCUGUGGCGCGGCCUCUUGGUGAAGCGCUGCGGCCUCCGGCGCCAUGUAGCGCUCCCGUCGCAGCUGCCCACGACCACGUGGCGGGCGGCGUACCUGCUCGCGCUCGGCCCAAUCGUCACAUUCGGCAGCCUCGUGACGGACAACGGCCGCCACUUUUCGACUGAGCAGCUGGACGAGAUGCUGCAGUGGCUUGUACGCCUUGCCGACCUCGCUGCGACGGAGGCGCGCUGUCCCUUUGGGCACCUCUUCGGCAUCGACGCGCGCGGAUGGACGUACGCCGCAGUCUUCAAGUCGGGCAAGCGGAAGGGGGGGCUUGGGGGAGGCGGGUCGGACCUCCAGGCGCAUGUGCAGGAGUGGUGGCGUCCGGCGGUGAUGGCGCUGACGGAGCGCGUGCGCGCCUCGGUGAACGAUGCUCCGCUUGAGGCGCGGUCUGCCGCGUGCAGGUCGGUCCGCAGCUUCGUGCAUCUGAUGUCGUCCGUCGUGAUGCGGUGGGGUUGCUCUGGGGGGGGCUCGAGCACGGCCGAGUGGAUGGCGCAGUCAGUGCGCGACGCGGAGCCGGCUUGCGUUGCGCUCGAGCGCAUGGCGCAGUAA